CUGGAUCUACACAGCCUAGGCCAUCUGGGUCCUGACAAACUCAUCCCUGCAGAGACUCCUUGAGCCGGGACAUCCAGUGAGCUGUCAGGAAAAUCCCUCACUGAUCCUGUGACGGGUGACCAGGAUCCAGAAGCACUCAUGGCCUCUAGAGAGAGCAGACUCUUCACCGGUGAAGCCCCUGGGCACCUCCAGAACACGGCAGACAGAGGUGGCCUGCAUCGCCUGAUGACCGAAGAUGGAGCCUGGGAGGCAUUUGUAUCCAAGGCCAAGUUGCCCAGGGACAAGGCAGUGGCCCUUCACAAAGUGCUGAGGGACCUGACAGCACUCUCAGCCCUAGAAGACAGAGACAGACUUCAGAAAGACUUGCAGGGCAGGAAGAGGUUUCUGAAAGCAUUUCGUCACCUGAAGGCAGAGGUGGAGGAACACAUCAGGCAGCUCCACGCCCUGGCUGACCAUGCUGAGGAGGUACACAAAGGCUGCACCAUCUCCAACGUAGUGGCUGACUCCUUCAGCACCUUCUCCGACAUGCUGGACCUCUUUGGUCUGUUUCUGGCACCAGUGACAGCAGAGGGAAGUCUGAUGCUCUCUGCCACUGGCUUGGGGCUGGGGGUAGCAGCUACCGUGACUAAUGUUGCUACUUCCAUCGUGGAGGAAGCAAGCAGGUUUUCGGAUGAAGUGAAAACCGGUCACCAUAAUUCAACUGGCAUGGAUGUGUUGGAGGCUGGAGCAGCCGUGGCCAGGAUUGCCAGCAAGUUCCCUCAGGCUGCCAGAGAUAUCACCGAAGAUCUUGAAGCCCUUGAGCGACACAUGGAUGCCCUCAGGCUGGUAAGAGCCAACCCUCGCUUAGAAGAAGAUGCCAGGAUCCUCGCUAAAACAGGAAAGAUCCCCAACCAGCGUGCUAGACAGGUGAGGGCCACCUUGAAAGGAACCCCUCUGGCGAUGAGCAAUGAAGCCCGCCUCAAGAGGGCCACCGCUGCAGGUGUGUCUCUCUUGCAAGAUGUGGACAGCCUUGUGAAGACAUCAAAGCAUCUGUACAAAGGGGCACAGUCAGAGUCCGCUGAAGCUCUCAGGGAGCUGGCUGAAGAGCUGGAGAAGACAAUGGGGAAGCUCGAAAAAUUCUACACCACUCUGCUUAUCUCCCAAUUAGUCUCCCCAUCCCCCAAAAGAUGCUGAGGUCAGAGGAUAGGAACUGAACAGAUUUGGGGACUGUGGAGACACUGUUAGAGGGGAAUAAGAGUCCAGCCAAGUCCUUGGGACAGAGACGCGGGCCUAUGGCUGAUCAUGGAAGGUUCAUGUGCAAAGCAGUGGGUUAAGUGUGUCCAACUGGAGCCUGAGACAGGGACCAGAGGAGGUGACAGGGAGGGAUUGGAGAGAACGGCCUCUGGACGAAACAUGGAAGAAGCCAGUUAUCACAGAGACUGGAAAGCCCUCCCCAUCUCGGCUACCGGAAACAAAGCAUGAGAAAGAAGUCACAUAACACAAACCCAAGACAAGAUGUGUGCUAUGUAGAUAAGCCAUGAGCCCCCAGCCCUGUGCUUUGGAGCCUGUGCCUUCCCCAGCUCCCCAGUCCAUUCCCGUCCUCAGGCAUGUCUUCGUGCCCUAAAUAAACUGCUCCUGC